CCGAUCAUCGCCGCCAGCCCAGGCGGAGCCCUGGCCAAUAUUUCGACGGCCUCUCGCACGUCGGCCACGGGAUCGCCUCCGAGAUGCGCUCCUCCAAGCUCCCAAGCCCUGCGACGACGCUGCGAACGAUGGCGCGAUAUGCCUAGCAUCAUGACCGCCGCGCCGUCGUGUGCUUGCGCGUCCAGAACGGUUAGCGCUACGGCCACAUCCGAUCAGACACCGCGCUCACGAUCCGGUUGUUUUUCCAGUCGCGCCGCCUCCUCCGUGGGCGCCUUGGUGGCCUUCUUGUCGGCGCGCGCAGUGGCUUUUCUAAGGCGUUGCUUUCCCAGCCGUGCUGCUUUCUCCUCGGGGGACCAGCGUGUGAAAACCAUGUGUAAAAUAGGCGAAUUUCCCACACAUGGUGCUAUGCCAGAG